AGUUUCAGCACACUAUGAAGUCGCAUAUAAACACAUCUGAUAACCUAUAAAUCAAUUAAUUAACAAUUCAUAGCGAAAAAAGAACACAUUUUUUAAAAUUAUGAUUGUAGUCGUACAGUAAUUGCAGUCCAAUGUGUAAUAAUUUCGAAAUAAAACAGAAAUGACAACAAAGGAUUGGAAAUUUAUUAGAGAAAUAGAUUGUAAGCAAGGUGCAGUGAGAGCUGUAAGAUUUAGUGUAGACGGAGCAUAUUGUUUAACGUGUGGCUCAGACAGACGUGUUAAACUCUGGAAUCCUUACAAGAGUACAUUGUUGAAAAGCUACAGUGGCCAUGGAGACGAGGUGAUGGAUGCUUAUGCCGCUUGCGACAGUAGCCAAAUAAUCUCAUGUGCAUUGGAUAAAUCCGUAAUCCUGUGGGAUGUGGCGACAGGCUCUCCAAUUCGAAGAUUUCGAGGACACGCGGGUGGAGUUACAGCUGUCAGAUUCAACGAGGAAUCUUCAAUGGCAGUCUCCGGUUCUCGAGACAAUUCUAUCAUGUGUUGGGACAUAAGAUCGAAAUCGUACGAGCCAGUGCAGACACUGAAUGAUGCCAAAGACUCCAUAUCUAGUGUCAGAGUAUCAGAUCAUGAGAUCCUCGCCAGUUCAUUCGACUGUAGAAUCAGAAGAUAUGAUAUAAGAGUUGGAGAGUCCAUCACUGAUUGCCUGGGGGAGGCCGUCACGUGCGCCAGCUUCACCAGAGAUGGACAGUGUGUCCUGGCAAGUUGUGCUGAUGGUGUUAUCAGGCUCGUCGACAAGGACACUGGAGAAUUGCUCGGAGAAUUUAGAGGACACCGGGUAGAAGACCUCUGUCUCGAGUCCAGUGUAGACUGUUAUGAUACCAAAGUGCUUUCUGGAUCUGCUGAUGGUAGCAUUUGGGUGUGGGAUCUCGCUACCCAGACUGUUCUAGGAAAACUCAGUGGGGAUAGAGUUACCAAGUAUCCGACGGUUUCUCUGAGUGUUCAUCCGCAGGAGAAUUGUCUCCUAGGAGCUAAUGGCAGCUCUAUUCUUAUGUGGACUGCUGAGAAAGUUGAUCCUUGAUUUUCUAAAGAGUUCAAUUAAAGCAAUUUUGGAUCUCCUUCUCUGUUCAUUUAAUUAAAUAUAGGCCCUCAAUACAAGUGGUCUAUAACAUACUUAUAUAUUUUCCGCAAAAAUUUAAUUUAAAAAAAGAUAGCAAUAAAGUAAUCUUUUAUAUUAUCAAAUAUGAAAUUUAAUGUCAGUGUUUUUGAUUAUUAUUAAUUUUUUUCUGUAUUUUAUAUAACAAGAAGAGCAUUUAAUUUAGCCGGUUCAAUAAGUAGUGACGUCUGUAGAUGGCACGACAUGUUUCUGGUCGGAAGUCCAAGAGCGAACUGCUUUUUUUUUCACAAGACAAGAAAGACAACUCCACUACGCAUAAAUGCACAUAUUUACUUGUUCCCUUGUUUCGCAAUACAGGUCAAAGUGCUUCAGUCAUUAUACACGGCGUUUUUUUUUUUUAAUCGGUAUCAAUAAGAUUGGAAAGUCGUAGUACAUCAAUUGAUAGUUCCCAGUGAAGGCGUUGGCUCCAUUCAAUCAGUCUCCAAUUGAAUUCCAGUCUUAUCUUGCUUCAUUUACGUUUCAACAGGUGAA